AUGCCGGUGAUGAGGGGUCUGCUGGCCCCGCAGAACACCUUCCUGGACACUAUCGCCACCCGCUUCGAUGGUACCCACAGUAACUUUGUCCUGGGUAACGCCCAGGUACAGUCCCUCUACCCCAUCGUCUACUGUUCUGACGGCUUCUGUGAGCUGACCGGCUACGCCCGCGCCGAACUGAUGCAGAAGAGCUGCGCAUGUCAUUUCCUGUACGGGCCGGAGACCAGCGACCAGCUGACGGCAAAGAUUCAGGGGGCAUUGGACGACAGGGGGGAAUUUAAGAGUGAGCUGGUGUUCUACAAGAAGGGAGGUACCCAGUUCUGGUGUCUGCUGGACAUCGUGCCCAUUAAGAAUGAGAAGGGAGAGGUGGUGCUGUUUCUGGUGUCCCACAAGGACAUCACUGACAACAAGAAGGACCAGGACCCAGAGCAAGGCCCAGAGACUGAUGAAGAAACGGGUCUGGAAGUGCACAAGGUCACCCGUCCCCCAGGCUUCAACACCAACCGCAGACGCAGCCGGGCGGUGCUCUACCACCUGUCUGGACACCUGCAGAAACAGGACAAGAGCAAGAUCAAACUCAACAACAACAUGUUUGGGGACAAGCCACCCAUCCCAGAGUACAAGGUGGCAGCCAUUCAGAAGUCCCGAUUCAUCUUGCUCCACUACGGGACCUUCAAGGCAGGCUGGGAUUGGCUAAUCCUGCUGGCUACCUUCUAUGUGGCAGUCACGGUGCCCUAUAAUGUGUGUUUCACUGUGGUGGGGGGGCGGGACGAAGGGAGCUGCCCCCGCAGCCCCCCCAGUGUGAGUGACAUCCUAGUGGAGAUCCUCUUCAUGCUAGAUAUUGCAUUGAACUUUCGGACGACCUUUGUGAGCACGUCGGGCCAGGUGGUGUACGAUGCCCGUUCCAUAUGUGUGCACUACGUCACCACCUGGCUGUUUGUUGACCUCAUCGCUGCCUUGCCCUUUGACCUGCUCUAUGCCUUUAACGUCAGCGUGUACUUUGGGGUCCACCUGCUGAAGACAGUGCGGUUGCUGCGCCUGCUGAGGCUGCUCCAGAAGCUGGAGCGCUACUCCCAGUACAGUGCUGUGGUCCUGACCCUGCUCAUGUCCAUGUUCGCCCUGCUGGCCCACUGGAUGGCCUGCGUCUGGUACUUCAUCGGACGCAGAGAGAUCGAAAACAGCCCCAACUCCUGGGACAUGGGUUGGCUCCAUGAGUUGGGAAAGCGUCUGGGCACCCCUUACUUCCUGUCUCCCCUUGCUACUUUGGCUCCUGGUUUGCUGCACCCCACCAUCGUCAACGCCUUCCCGGCCAACAGUAGCCAAUGGAACGUGUCCGGGUUGGAGCUAGCAGGGCAGGACUCGUGGAACUCCAGCCAGUGGAACGUCACAGGGACUGGGGCAGGGGCCUUGGCUGGUGGGGUGGGGGUCGGUGUGGGACAGGGUGGAGGGAUUCUGGGUGGGGGUCCGUCAGUGAGGAGCUCCUACGUGACGUCUCUGUACUUCGCUCUGAGCAGUCUGACCAGCGUGGGCUUCGGAAACGUCUCAGCCAACACCGACUCUGAGAAGAUCUUCUCCAUCUGCACCAUGCUCAUAGGAGCCCUGAUGCAUGCGGUGGUGUUUGGUAACGUGACUGCCAUCAUUCAGAGGAUGUACUCUCGGCGCUCCCUCUACCACACCCGUACCAAGGACCUGAAGGACUUCAUCAGGGUCCACCGCCUGCCCAAAGCCCUGGAGCAACGUAUGCUGGAGUGCUUCCAGACAACCUGGUCUGUUAACAAUGGCAUCGACGUCAGCGAGUUGUUGAAGGACUUCCCAGACGAGUUGAGGGCGGACAUCGCCAUGCACCUGAAUAAGGAGCUGCUGCAGCUGCCGCUGUUUGAGUCGGCCAGUAGGGGGUGUCUGCGCUCCCUGUCCCUCAUCAUCAAGACGUCGUUUUGCGCCCCGGGAGAGUUCCUCAUCCGUCAGGGAGACGCCCUGCAGGCCAUCUACUUUGUCUGCUCCGGGUCCAUGGAGGUGCUGAAGGACAACACUGUGCUGGCUAUACUAGGGAAAGGGGACUUGAUCGGCAGUGAUUCUCUGACCAAGGAGCAGGUGAUUAAGACCAAUGCCAACGUGAAGGCCCUGACCUACUGUGACCUGCAGUACAUCAGUCUGAAGGGGCUGAGGGAGGUGCUGAGGCUCUACCCAGAGUAUGCUCAGAAGUUCAUCUCCGAGAUACAACACGACCUCACAUACAAUCUCAGAGAGGGCCACGGAGCUGACGUUGACUGGGAGAGUAACGGAGGCCUGGUGAAGAAGCUUUCUUCCAUUAAGGAGGAUGAGGAGGGUGAUGAAGAACAGAGCUCUGUAUCGUGUGCCCCCCGUUCCCCUUUACGUCUCACCAGGGUUCUUAACUCGCCCCUGCGCUCCCCCCUGCUGCCCCCUCGGCCCUUCCGCCCCCCCUCAGAACACAUACGCCCCGCCACCCUGCAGAUACCUGUGGUCAGCUUCAGCAGCGCACCGCCGGAGCUUAGUCCCAGGUUUGUGGAUGGUAUUGAGACAGAGAGAAAUGUGAACUCAACCCAAAAGUUUGAGUUUAGCUCCAGUCUUCUACACAGUGGUCCACCAUCCCCAGGACUAGGGAUCCAGCAGCAGUCAGAAAUCAAACAGAGUGUCUCUAAGCUGAGUGACGAGAUGAGCAGUCUCUCCCAGCAAGUCUCUCAGCUCAGCCAGGAACUGCUGGAAAUGACCCGCCUGCUCCGGCCCCUCCUCCUCGUGGCUCCUCAGCCAAUCCUGACAGCCAUGACGCCCAUCCUGACUCCACACCCCAGCAGUGCCAGCCAACCGUCCAGGACACCUCUGGUGGUCCCACCUCCAGCCCCGCCCUGCUCCCCACAACCCCACCCCCGGCGAACGCAGUCUUGCUCACUAUUGGACGUGGACAGUGCUGACACAGGGAGGGUGGACCUGCCAGGUUGCCUCCUCCCCACCUCCCCUCCACAGAGGCCUCCAGACCAGGCCCAUUCUCCAAUCUCCCCAGGGAGAUGCUCCAAGGACUCACUCCGCUCCAACCCCCCUUCCCCUGGGACAGGAGACACAGAGGGGUCCACCCACCUCUCCAACGGUUCUAACCACUCCAACCUCCCGGUCUCUAGCAACGGGUUCUUCCCUGUCCAGGACCGUCCUCCCCUUGCCUCCCGCACCCCGUCCCCCUCCCUUUCCUUCUCACUGUCUCUCUCCUCCUCGCCCUCCUGCUCUCCCUGCCAGGGACCCCACCAUUCUCGACCAGGCAGUCACAGUAGCCACAGCAGGGGCCUAUUCCCCCCGACUCCCACCCAGGAGACCCCACCCCCACCUUCCUCCCAUUGCUCUGCUCCCCCGUCACUCAUCUCCUCGCCUGGAGACCAUAGGCUGAGGGUGGUCAGCCCCACCUUUUCCUCCUCCACUAACCUCAUCCCUCCCACGUCCUGUCUUAACCCCUCGCCGUUCUCCCUGGACUCUCUGAGGGGGGAGACACAGGGGGGCCCCAGGCUGGAGGCAGGACACCUGGAGCUUGAGAUGCAGGAGUGGGGAGGGGAGAGGGGGGAGGGAUGCUCCCAAAUGAUGGAACACAUCAGCUACAUCGACGAGGAAGGGCCAGCUCUGUGA